AUGAAGAUCGCGUCUCUGCUCGCACUCACCGGCCUCGGCUACCUCGCCAACCUCGCGUCUGCUGCCAUCUGUGCCGGCAUCACGCCCUACUCGUACCAAGUCGCCGUUCAAACCAACGCCCAGUUUGCGCCGGCCAUCAACGAGCUCAAGAAGUACUCGGUCGCUACGUGGUACGUCGACAACGGCGGCAACCCUAUCGAUGCGCUUCUCGCAGCGUGCCCCAAUGACACGCCCGUCAUCGUCGUGUACGUAUAA